AUGGGAGACUCAAUAGUCGUCGGGUCCAAAUCAAAAGAUGACGGAUUCCCAGCUACUUCACAAGUUUCAAGACAAAUUCCCGCGCAAAGUGUAGGAGAGGAGUUUCAACAGAGUAGCUCAAGGAGAGACUCGAACGGACCUUCGCAUUUGACCAGUGCUUCGUCGAAUUAUGCUCCGAACUUAGCUUAUUCCCAGCAUCCUAUGUCGCAUGCAACACCGGAGUCAUUCAAUAUGACAAAACUCGGUGCUACAUUACCAGAUAUUCCCUACCAGAACUAUGGCCAAGGAUUUCCUCAGAGCCCUGGUGCCGCCCCUCCUUUCGUGUAUCAGACGCAGUAUGCGAAUCAAGCUGUCUUGAGCUCUCCACCCACUGCUUCGUCCUAUACCACGCCAUACCAGACACCAUACGGAAUGUAUCCUUUGAAUCAACAAAUUCAACCCCAGCACAUGCAUAUGCCCACGAACAACACACAGUUUUAUGUCGGUCAAGGAUAUCUUGGACAACCGCAAUCACAUCUGACAGGAUCGCAAUAUUAUAUUCAACCUGGCAGCUUUGCACAGCAAGGUCAAAUUUAUACAGGAAAUCAAAUGGGAGUACAAUAUCCACAUCGUGGUAGCUUUUCCGGAGAAAUUCGGCCAGUUCCACAGCAACGCAAUGAUUUGUUUGUUAAUGUGACAGGCCAGGCUGGAAGAUCGAAUAGCGCUGCCUCCAGCCCAUCACAAUCAUCGGUGGUCAGAGGACCACCAAGAAAGCCUCGUCAAAGUGGGCACGCGAUCUGGAUUGGCAAUUUACCACCACAGACAGAUCUCAUGAGCCUUGUACUUCACGUUUGCAAAGAGACCGUUGGCCUCGAGUCGCUGUUUUUGAUUUCCAAGAGUAACUGCGCCUUUGCAAAUUUUAAGGAUGAGACUGCAUGUGUUGCAGCGCAACUCAAGAUUCAUGAUUCGAGAUUUCAAACCGUACGGCUUGUUAGCCGAUUACGAAAAGCAUCGGUUGGGACUGUCGGAGGUGUAUCUGUUCCCACAGGCCCAGCUGCUUUAGCACCUCCACAGCCAUCACAAAAUCCAUCUCCUGUUUCGGAAAAUGAGAAAGCGUCAAAAGAGGCCGAUGAAAGGACACAUGAUCCGGAUAUGGAGUCCUCACCGCCUCCAAAGGAUAAGUUCUUUGUGGUCAAGAGUCUCACGGUAGAGGACCUAGAACUAAGCGUGCGAAACGGGAUUUGGGCGACACAAACCCACAACGAAGAAGCUCUGAAUAAGGCAUACCGAACAGCAGAUAAUGUCUACCUAAUAUUUUCCGCAAACAAAUCAGGAGAAUAUUUUGGAUACGCACGUAUGAUAUCACCCAUUAGUGAGGAUCCCGCGGCAGCCAUUGAAUUCGCACCCAAAGCACAAACCGUUGAAGAUCCCGAUGUCCCCAAAGCAAUACCAACACCAGCCUCCGAAUUUGCACCAAAAGGACGCAUUAUCGAUGAUUCAGCCCGCGGAACCAUUUUCUGGGAAAUCGAGCGCGACGACCCAGAAGAAGUCGAUGAAGAAGAUGGAUCUCAAAGUGCCAAGAGCGAUCCGGACGGUGAUGUGCCCUCCAAAGCCUGGGGUAAACCCUUCAAGCUCGAAUGGGUGUCGACGAAUCGAUUGCCAUUCUACCGCACGCGCGGUUUGCGAAACCCGUGGAAUUCAAAUCGCGAAGUCAAGAUUGCGAGGGAUGGGACGCAGUUGGAAACUAGUAUUGGGAGGAGAUUAAUCGGGCUUUUUCAUCGAGUUCCCAGUCCUGUGGCGCCGAGUUUGCCGCAUGUUCAUAUGCAGGGGAUGUCGAUGCCCGUACAGAUGAUAUCGCCCGGUGGUUAUCCCAUACAGAUGCAUCCGUAUACUUAA